CCCUAUGUCCGGAUUUGUGUACAGUGUUCUCUCUACACUGCUUCGGUCGGUCGACUGCGAAUGUAUAAAUUAAACGAAAACGGUUUUAGUUCAUCGGUUUUUACAAUAUGAUUGGAUUUGAUUGUUUUGUGCUAUCGAUUCUGUUGAUUGUAAGAGACUGAACCGAGAGAAUGAUCGGCGGGGAAUCGGAGGAGUUUGAGUCUGUCAGUGUUACGCAUAUUUAAGUUCACUAUUCUUCCCUGUUGGAUUACUUUCUGGAUUUGACUCGGAUCAGUACUUCAUAAUGCUCUUCAAUGGCUGCGAGCAGUGCAGUGGUUAGCAUGCAGAAUGACAACCAGACCUUUGUCCACUACAGUUUUUGCUGCCCCCUGCAGGAUGGAGGCAUCCUGUUUGGACCUGGCUCUGGAGGGGGAGCGUCUGUGUAAGGUGGAGGAUUAUAGCGCCGGCGUUUCUUUCUUCGAGGCUGCCAUGCAGGUUGGCACAGAAGACCUGCAGGUUCUGAGUGCCAUCUACAGUCAACUGGGCAAUGCCUACUUUCACUUGCAUGACUACAGCAAAGCUCUGGAGUUCCACCACCAUGAUCUUACACUAACUAGAACCACUGGAGAUCAGCUUGGUGAGGCCAAAGCCAGCGGUAACCUGGGGAACACAUUAAAGGUUUUGGGUCGCUUUGAUGAAGCGGUGGUCUGCUGCCAGAGACAUUUAGAUAUUGCUAAGGAACUGGGCGACAAGGUGGGGCAAGCCAGAGCACUUUAUAAUUUUGGAAAUGUGUACCAUGCCAAAGGGAAGAGCAUCUGCUGGAGUGGAGCAGAACCUGGAGACUUUCCUGAGGAGGUCAUGACAGCACUUAGAAAAGCCGCUGAGUACUAUGAAGCAAAUCUGUGUAUCAUGAAGGAACUCAGAGACAGGGCAGCACAGGGCAGAACUUAUGGAAACCUGGGCAACACAUACUACCUACUAGGAAACUUCAGGGAUGCAAUGGCCUCUCAUGAACAGCGUUUGCUUAUCGCUAAAGAGUUUGGUGACCGGUCUGCAGAAAGGAGAGCCUACUGCAACCUGGGAAACGCUUGUAUAUUCCUUGGGGAGUUUGAGAGGGCUGCAGAACAUUACUGGAAAGCUCUACAGUUGGCGCGGCAGCUGAAGGAUCUGGCGGUGGAGGCUCAGGCCUGCUACAGUCUGGGUAACACAUACACACUGCUGCAGGACUAUGAGAGAGCUAUCGACUACCAUCUCAAGCAUCUCGACAUCGCUCAGUACCUCAAUGACAGGAUCGGAGAGGGCAGGGCCUGCUGGAGUUUGGGAAACGCACAUACAGCACUAGGGAAUCAUGACCAGGCCAUGCACUUUGCAGAGAAACACUUGGAAAUAGCAAAAGAGACUGGUGAUCGUAGCGGGGAACUCACUGCUCGCCUGAAUGUCUCAGAUCUUCAGAUGGUCCUCGGCCUCAGUUACAGCACAAACAAUUCAGUACUUUCUGAGAACAAAGAGAUCGACAACAACCUGCAUGGAGCCAGACCCAGAAUGAGCCGACGGCACAGUAUGGAGAACCUAGAGCUAAUGAAACUCACACCUGACAAGAUCAACGCUAAUCUAAAUGGCCAGAAGUGGACCAGUGACAUCCUCUUCAAGCAGUCCAAACCUUCAGUGGGCAAGUCUUCCUCAAAGCUCUCCUUUGUCAAUCGUUUCCGAGGAAAGAAGCACAAACUGCAGAACAGCUCCAGUAAAAUCCUGCAGGACACCAGCAACACACGGGAAGCUCCUCAGAACAAUCAUGGGAGUACAGACAUGUUAGGAGACGAGGGCUUCUUUGACUUGCUGAGUCGUUUCCAGAGCAACAGGAUGGAUGACCAGCGGUGUGCCUUACAGGAUGGGAGGAGCCACCUGUCUGUCAAUUCUAGGUCCGCCUCCCCACCCAGAACCAUCAGGAAAUCAUUUUCGGAGUCAGCUGCGUCUCCAGGUCAGGAGCCGUUCCUCAGACUGUUGGCCAGUGCUCAGGGCAGGAGGCUGGACGAGCAGAGGGCAGGAACAGGGAACAGUCUGCCCGGCCUGCGCACGCUAUCCGAACACAGCAGCAGACAGAUGAUCCUCAGCCAGGUCAUGGCCAGCACAGACGCAACCGAACCCGACGACCAGUUCUUUGACAUGCUCGUCAAGUGUCAGGGGUCUCGUCUGGAUGAUCAGAGGUGUGCCCCUCCUCCGCCCUUCACCCGUGGCCUCACCGUCCCGGAUGAAGACUUCUUCAGCCUCAUCAUCCGCUCACAGGCCAAGAGGAUGGAUGAGCAGAGAGUCACACUGCCCUCCUGCCGCUGAACAAACAUGCACAUACGCUUCUAAACACCAUAAUCAGAAAUGAGCUCUUUUUCAUACACACAAGUGUUGCAAACCUCACGCUGGUAAUACAAACACAAUGAUGGUCGGGUAACAUGCCAUCAGUAUGAACUGUGUCCUGUCUCCUACGUGAUUAUGAAUGCCAUUUUAUGUACAGCUGUACUUAGCAACUCUGAGGGGGGAAAAACGUCUUUGUAAAUAACAUUUACUUUUUUUUUAUUAGAUUUAAGCUCUUACCAGAUUUGCAUUUGUAAGGAUUUUAAAGAUUGUUUGAGUUUAGGAUGUAUUGCUUUGAUCAUAAUCACUGCAAUGACUCAUCUUUUGAUACAAAACUGCAGGUUUAUUUGUAUUUAUUUAAAUAACAUUGUUACUACCACUAGUUACCUUCCAUUUAACUAUAUGUAGUUGUGACAAAAAAUCUCACUGUAUUUUUAUUGUAAUGUCACAUUUAGUUUAUAAAAGUAGUCAAACUAUAAAUGUAUCUAAAAAGUGAAUGAUACAGUAAAAUUUACAACACAAACGUAUAGAAAUAAAAACCUGUACAGUAA